AUGGGAAAGAUUGUUAUUGUUUUCUUUGUUUCCUUGCUCUUUUUGUUAAUCACCUUCCCAAGUUGUGGCUCUGCAGCCAUAGCCAAAGCAAGUCCUUUGUCAAUAGGACAAACUCUGACCUCCCCUGGUGGAUCUUAUGAGCUAGGAUUCUUCAGUCCUAACAAUUCUAGGAAUCAGUAUGUUGGGGUCUGGUUCAAGAACAUCACUCCUCAGGUCGUUGUGUGGGUGGCUAACAGAGAUAAGCCAGUCACAAAAACCACGGCGAAUCUCAGUAUUAGCAGCAAUGGGAGCCUUAUCUUGCUUGAGGGAGAAGGUGAUCUCGUUUGGUCAAUAGAAGAAACUUUCUCAUCUAAUGAGGUUCGUGCUGAGCUAAAAGACAGCGGAAAUUUUGUCCUCGUUGAUGAAGUUUCCGCAAGAACUUUAUGGCAAAGUUUUGAGCAUCUUGGUGAUACUAUGCUACCUGAAUCAUCUGUCAUGUAUGAUGUUCCAAAUAACAAGAAACGUGUCUUAUCUUCUUGGAAAACUCCUACAGAUCCUUCACCUGGAGAAUUUGUAGCUGAGCUUACGACACAAGUGCCCCCACAAGGCUUUAUAAUGAGAGGAUCAAGGCCGUACUGGAGAGGCGGCCCAUGGGCACGGACAAGGUUCACUGGCACACCAGAAAUGGAUCAAUCACAUGUUAGCCAAUUCAGCAUUUCUCAAGAUGUAGCAGCUGGCACAGGGUUUUUGACUUAUUCGUUACAAAGAAACUCUAACCUGUCGUACACUACGCUAACAUCAGAGGGAUCGUUGAAGAUUCUUUGGAAUAAUGGCUCUGGUUGGGUUAAGGACUUUGAAGCCCCAGUAAGUUCAUGUGAGGUUUAUGAUACAUGUGGAACUUUCGGGCUAUGUGUGAGAUCUGAUCCCCCAAAGUGUGAAUGCUUGAAAGGCUUUAUGCCAAAAUCAGAUGAGGAGUGGAAUAGACGGAAUUGGACUGGGGGGUGUGCGAGAAGAACAGAUUUAUCUUGUCUUGUGAAUUCUUCUGCAAAAACACAAGGCAACGAUGUAGACGUCUUCGACAUUGUUGCAAAUGUAAAGCCUCCAGAUUUUUAUGAAUAUCUAAGCUUGAUCAAUGAAAAAGAGUGCCACCAGCGUUGUCUUGGAAACUGUUCUUGCACGGCAUUUGCCUAUAUAGAACAAAUUGGAUGCUUGGUGUGGAGUCGAGAGCUUGUCGAUGUAAUGCAGUUUUCUGCUGGAGGAGAAAAAAUUUCCAUUCGUCUUGCAAGUUCUGAGUUGGCUGGAAGCAAUCGAACCAAGAUUAUCGUAGCUAGCAUUGUCAGCAUUUUUGUUUUCAUGAUCUUGGUUUUUGCCUCUUAUUGGUUCUGGAGAUACAAAACGAAACAAAAUGACUCAACUCCUACAUCCAUGGAGACUUCACAAGAUGCAUGGAAGGAACAACUGAAACCACAAGAUGUAUAUUUCUUUGAGAUGCAAACCAUAUUAACCAUCACCGAUAACUUCAGCAUAGAAAAUAAGCUUGGUCAAGGUGGAUUUGGUCCAGUUUAUAAGGGAAAGCUAGAAGAUGGGAAGGAAAUAGCUAUAAAACGCCUAUCGAGUACCUCUGGACAGGGUUUAGAGGAGUUCAUGAAUGAAAUAAUACUCAUCUCGAAACUCCAACACAGAAACUUGGUUCGGCUUUUGGGAUGCUGCAUUGAAGGAGAAGAAAAGCUAUUGAUUUAUGAGUUCAUGUUGAACAAAAGCCUCAAUACCUUUAUCUUUGAUUCAACGAAAAAGAUUGAGCUUGAUUGGCCCAAGCGGUUUGAAAUCAUUCAAGGUAUUGCUUGUGGACUUCUCUAUCUUCACCGUGACUCAUGUCUCAGGGUUGUGCACCGAGAUUUGAAGGUCAGCAACAUCCUUUUAGACGAGGACAUGAACCCAAAAAUAUCAGAUUUUGGAUUGGCUCGGAUGUUUCAAGGAACCCAACAUCAAGCCAACACUCGCAGGGUUGCUGGAACUCUAGGAUACAUGUCCCCAGAGUACGCAUGGACAGGGAUGUUCUCUGAGAAAUCCGACAUCUAUGCAUUUGGAGUUCUGUUAUUGGAAAUCAUAACCGGGGAGAGGAUUUCAAGCUUCACCAUUGCAGAAGAAGGCAAAAGCCUACUCGAAUACACAUGGGAAUCUUGGUGCGAGAGUGGUGGAGCGGAUUUAUUGGAUCAAGAUAUUUCUAGUUCGAGUUCUCAAGUCGAAGUAGCGAGAUGUGUACAGAUUGGUUUGCUAUGUAUUCAACAACAAGCUGUGGAUAGACCAAACAUUGCACAAGUAGUUACAAUGCUUACUACAGAAAUGGAUCUUCCGGAACCAAAACAACCCGUUUUCGCAUUGCAGAUACAAGAGAGUGAUUCAGAUUCUAAGACUGUGUAUUCUGUGAAUGAUUUAACACAAACUGCUAUACUUGGUCGAUAA